CCGGAAGCUCAUUCUUUGGGCUCGAGGGCCUCAGGUCACUUUUCCUGAGACGGGUGGUGGUUUUAGUCUGACCCCGCAGAACUGCUAUGGACGAGUUGGCUGAGUUGUAUCUAGAGAAGGCAGAAGAGAGCUCCGCGUUGGACGAAGGACCAGUCAUUGGCAGCCCGGAGCCCAUCCCGGGAGCUGCCCAAACACCUGACAGGUCCCCCGAGGAAACCGAUGGGGAGGGUUACGGAGACUCGCAGGAAGCUACUGCUGAAGACCCAGAGCUCGAGGACCAGGAAGCAUCUGAUUUUAUAGGAAAUGGAAGGGAGGACUCAUCAUUACUUCCUCUUGCAGCCAAGAAGAUGAAGAUAGAAACUAAGGAGAGGAAAGAGAAAAAGCACAAAGUAGAUGAAGAUGAAAUUGAAAGGAUGCAAAUCCUGGUUUCUUCCUUUUCUGAAGAACAGCUAAACCGUUAUGAAAUGUACCGUCGAUCAGCAUUCCCUAAGGCCACCAUUAAACGGCUGAUCCAGACUAUUACUGGCACCUUAGUCUCCCAGAAUGUCGUCAUUGCCAUGUCAGGCAUUUGUAAGGUAUUCGUUGGAGAAGUAAUAGUAGAAGCUUUGGAUGUGUGUGAGAAAUGGGGAGAGCUGCCACCACUACAGCCCAAGCACAUGCGGGAGGCUGUUCGAAGACUGAAGUCAAGAGGGCAAAUUCCUAACUCAAAACACAAAAAAAUAAUCUUUCACUAGGUCUAGAGAGUUUCUUAAGUUAUACUAUUGAAAAUGAAACAAAUGACUUACCUAUUUCUUCUCAUGGAGUCACACUGUGCGUAUACUGUUGCUCAGAUGUCCCAGUCCUCCAAAGACACCGUGAUUGAACAUCUGCCUUCAAAUAAUGGGACAUCUGCCCUUAAGUCUUCAAGAUCAAACCUGCCAGGUUAGGAACUAAAACCGGAGAGACAAGCAAAACGAAGAAAACAUAUUGAAUUUUUUUUUCAAAUCUAGAAAUUCCUUCCAAAGAAGGAAUGAAUCCAACAGAAGGCAGAGAGACUAAAUGGAAAAAAUAAAUUAUUUUUCAUAAGCAUGACAUAAAUAUGUAGCAAAAAAUGAAGAUUUUAUUUUAAUGUGAAAAGUAGCUUAAAAGAGAAAGUAAUACAUCUUACUCAAAAACUGGAAUCUUAGAAAACUAGAGUAGACCAAAGAGAAAUCUGUAAAACAGCUAGAAAUAUUGGAACAAAAUCAAAAGCCUGGAAAAAAAAUAAAAGAAAAGGUAAAAUGCAUAAUAUCAAAAAUAACUUACCUGGGAAAAGAUCAAGAAAAAAUGAUUUACAACUCAUUGGACUACUAGAAUACCAGGAUGUUUUUUAAAGCCUGGAUAUUAUGUUUCAAGAAACCAUUAAAAAAAGAAAGAAAACCCAAUUCUAUUUAUUGAAACCAGAAGGCAAAGUAAAGCUAAAAGUAUCAGCUGAUCACAUCCUUAAAGGAAUCCCUAAAGGAAAAAUGCCAGGAAUGUCAUAGCCAAAGUAAAGAGCUCUUGUCAAUGGAAAAAUAUUGCAAAUAUCCAGAAAAAAAGUAGUUUUAAAUACCAAGAGCCCACAGUCACUAUCACCCAAGGCCUGGCAACUUCUCCUUAUAAAUGAGACAUUUUGGAAUACAAUAUUCCAAAAGGCAAGAGAGAUAUAGACUUACAGCCAAGAAUAAUUUACCCUUAUCUCCAAAUAUAAUCCUGUAGGGGAAAAACAUGAAUAAACUCACUUAAGUUCU